CCUGUGUCUUCUUGGACAGAAGAAAAAGAUGCUCUGCAAACACCAAACCGAUGCAUACAGAUGGAUGGUUUGGGAAACAUAAAGGGUGAUGAAGACUGUCUCUACCUGAAUGUCUUUAGCCCAGAGUUGCCAUCUGAUACAUUAUAUUGAUCAUGGAAUAGUGGUUGAAUCCAUACAGUAUCGUCUUGGAGCUUUAGGAUUCAUGAGCACAGGUGACUCUCUCCUUCCUGGAAAUCUUGGAAUGAAAGAUCAGGUCCUUGCACUGAAGUGGAUAAAGCAAAACUUUAGAGCAUUUGGUGGUAAUCCAGAUGAAGUUACUAUUUCCGGUCAGAGUUCAGGAGGAUCUGCUGUACAUUACCACGUGCUGUCACCAUUAUCAAAAGGUCUUUUCAAACGAGCUAUAGCACAGAGUGGAUCUGCACUUAGUCCUUGGGCAUUUACUACAAAUGCUACUGACAGAACAUUCCGUUAUGCAUCAUAUUUGGGAUUUAUUGGAGAGACUACUUCAGAACUUAUGGAGUUUUUGAUGACUGUUGAUGCAAAGGAAUUUGUCAAAGCAAGGGGGCCAGCUUUGGAUCCAAAGGACUGUAAAAAUGCCCUUAUCUGUGUUUGGGCUCCACAUGUGGAACCAGAAAACGAAGGUGCAUUCCUGACUGAGCAUCCAGCUAAACUGAUAUCAGAAAACCGCUAUACGCAUGUGCCACACUUAACAGGUGUUACAAGCUAUGAACUGCUUGUUAGGACACAAGCUGAUGGGCUAUUUGCAACUGAAGAUGGAGCAAAGAAUUUGAAUGACAACUUUGAUCUCUAUGUUGCUGAUGAACUUCGCUUCUCAAGUGAAGAACAACAGCUGAAAGUAGCAGAAGAGGUCCGGCAGUUUUACUAUGGAGACAACGAGAUCACUCCAGCAAUGAAUGACUCAACUGCAACUAUGAUAUCAGAUCUCCUUAUUGUGGAAGGAAUAGACACCACUGUACGCAACAUGAGUAGGGAUUCUUCAGAACCUGUUUACUAUUAUCAGUUUUCAUUCAAUGGACCACUCAAUACAUUCCCUGAUUUCCCAGGAACUAGCCAUGGAGAUGAUAGGAGAUACAUGUGGUAUUAUGAAUCUCCUGAAACAUGUUCACCAGGAUAUCUAACUGCAGUGCAGCUGCUACAGAUGUGGACAAAUUUUAUCAAAUACAGUGAUCCUUCUCCCUACAGUGGUGGAAAAGUUACUGUAGACUGGAAUGCUUAUAAGCCAGACAACCCUAAUUAUCUUGAAGUUGGCUGCACUAUUCAACCUGGUACAUCACCUAACAAGGAUCGCAUGGAUUUCUGGCACAGUGUUAUGCCAUAGAUUAGGCACAGUAAAGCAUGGAAGUUAUUUAUAUGUGAUCAACAUUUUGUUACAAGAACAGUUAAU